CUGGGCCUCAACUCAAUUGACCUCGUGACCUCGUGAUCACUGAUAUGUACCCCUUAACUGAGACUAUAUAUUCCGUUUCGCUUCAUAUUUCUUUACUUAGUUGUUCUUUAAACUUAUUCUCUAUUGAAGAAAUUUAUAUCCGGAGACCAUCGAACGUUUGGACAAGAUGACUUCGAGAUAUAGGGUGGAAUAUGCGUUGAAGACGCACAGAAGAGACCAAUUCAUAGAAUGGAUCAAAGGCCUAUUAGCUGUGCCCUUCGUGUUGUAUUCUCAACCGACGGGAGUCUUCGAGACGAAUGGCUUCAACGUCACGCAGAUGUCGGAAGAGGCGCAUAGGCGGUAUGCCGAGAUCAUGAGGGACAUCGAAGUAAUGAUCGAUGAUCAGUUAAUGCACCAAUUAGACGGCAGCAGGGUUCCCUCCAAGCUCAAGCUCUUGGUGCCUACCAUAGGCAACUUCUUCACCCGGCUUCCGCUCGAGGCCGCCUUCAAAUUCCAAGACCGCAAGCGGUACAUCUCAUCCCGGCGUUUCGUCUCGCCCUCAUUCAACGAUGUGCGUCUCAUCCUCAACACGGCCCAGCUCAUGGCCGUCACCACGCACGGGAGCCUGCGCCUCGCCACCUUCGACGGAGACGUGACGCUGUACGAAGACGGGCAGAGCCUGGAGCCGACGAGCCCGGUGAUCCCGCGCAUGAUCGACCUCAUGCGCAAGAACGUGAAGAUCGGCAUCGUGACGGCCGCCGGCUACACCACGGGCGAGCAGUACUACGCGCGUCUGCACGGGCUCCUCGACGCGGUGGCCUCCUCGACGACGCUGACGCCGCAGCAGCGCCAGAACAUCGUCAUCAUGGGCGGCGAGGCCAACUACCUGUUCGAGUUCAGCCCGACGUCGCCGCACCUGCUGUCGCCGGUGCCGCGCGAGCGGUGGCUGACGGCCGAGAUGGCGUCGUGGUCCGACUCCGGCAUCGCCGCGCUGCUCGACGUCGCCGAGGCCGCGCUGCGCGACUGCGUCAAGAACAUGCACCUUCCCGCGACGCUGAUGCGCAAGGACCGCGCCGUCGGCAUCAUCCCGCGCGACCCGGCCGUCCGCAUCCCGCGCGAGUCGCUCGAGGAGACCGUGCUCGUCGUCCAGAAGAUCUUGGAGCUGAGCGUCGGCGGCCGCGACUUCGACAACAAGGUCGUGCCCUUCUGCGCCUUCAACGGCGGCCGCGAUGUCUUCGUCGACAUCGGCGACAAGAGCUGGGGCGUGUCUGUAUGCCAGCAGUGGUUCGGCAACGGGGGCGGGAACGGUGGUGGUGGUGGUGGUAGCGGUGGCGAUGCGGAAAGCGCCAGGAUCAGGCCCGAGCAGACGCUGCAUGUCGGAGACCAGUUCCUAAGCGCCGGCAGCAACGACUUCAAGGCCCGCAGCGUGUCCACCACGGCCUGGAUCGCGAGCCCGGCCGAGACGGUCGAGCUUCUAGACGAGCUGGCAGAUUUUAUGGGGAAGAAGCUGAGUUAAAUCAGCCUACCUACCUAGCUGCAUCACCUCUACUGCUUACGAUAAGAAAUGGGUACGCUUGAGACGAGUGAAGAAAAAUUGCGAAGUUCAAAAGGCGGGGACCGUACGUCUGGGUCUUGGAAGGCAUGCUUGGCGUUUUGGGAAUGCUAUACGAACGAACGAAAUUAAUGUUGGGCACUUUUGGAUGCGAUACCGAGGGCUCAAAAGUAUGAAGGUAAAACCUCACUUAUACAAUUAUUAGUUAUCAUAAAUGGCCGGUUUUACUAAGGCAUAUUUGGUAAUAUACAAAAUUCGGCAUUCUGAUUUCGAGUGUUGGGGCUAGCAUUGGCAUCGUGGUGACUUGGUUGUGAAUAGCAACGACUUGGCACUUACCUACCUACCCCCGGAUCAGUAUUUGCGCAGCUCGUGGAGGUUGCUUCAGUAUAUACCAAUUCUUCGAAUUUUCCCCUGCCUAGGUAGGAAGCAGUAGAUACCCGUGUCUGACAAAAUAUGAAAUAAUAAGUACAUAUCAAGGACAUCAAAGAGCCGUACUACUCAAGUCGGGCAAUAAAUUGACAUGAAAAAUGUUGAUAUUUGUAUUGAACUUCGAAGACCAGUUGCCUGG